AUGUCAUUGGGACCUCCUGCUAUGCCGUCCUCAGCCCCAUCAGUACUGGCAGUUCAUUUGUGCGCUGUCAACAACCGGAAGAGCAAGAAGUGCACUGCAGGUCCAUCCGUUAAGGGAGAACGUUCGGCUGUUCUGAUUGUGAAAUUUUCCGCCCAUAAAAGACCAAUUCCGAUCACGUUCAAGAAAAGAAGCCUUUCGAUUACCGAUUAA